GAGAUCGUCCAGAAACGAACUUUCACGAAAUGGAUCAACUCUCAUCUGGCCAAGAGGAAGCCUCCAAUGGUGGUGGAAGACCUUUUUGAAGAUAUGAAGGAUGGCGUUAAGUUGCUGGCUCUCCUGGAGGUCCUGUCUGGACAGAGGCUGCCCUGUGAACAGGGACGCCGGAUGAAGCGAAUCCACGCUGUGGCUAACAUCGGCACAGCACUCAAGUUUCUUGAAGGAAGGAAGAUUAAAUUGGUCAACAUUAACUCCACUGAUAUAGCUGAUGGCCGACCUUCUAUAGUUCUUGGACUGAUGUGGACCAUUAUUCUGUAUUUCCAGAUUGAAGAGUUGACCAGCAACCUGCCGCAGCUGCAGUCUUUGUCCAGCAGCACGUCGUCUGUGGACAGCACGCUCAGUGCAGAGACUGCCAGUCCCCCCAGCAAACGAAAGGUGGCCACCAAGGGCCAGGGGAAUGCCAAGAAGGCUCUGCUGAAGUGGGUUCAGUACACAGUAACCAAGCAGUCUGGGAUCGAAGUGAAAGACUUUGGACGGAGCUGGAGAAGCGGAGUGGCCUUCCACUCGGUUAUCCAUGCCAUUCGCCCGGAACUUGUGGACUUGGAGAAGGUGAAAGGAAGACCGAGCAGGGAAAACCUGGAGGAGGCCUUCGCUAUCGCGGAGACGGAACUGGGAAUCCCAAGGCUGCUCGAUCCUGAAGAUGUUGAUGUGGAUAAACCAGAUGAGAAGUCCAUUAUGACAUAUGUAGCCCAGUUUCUGAAACAAUAUCCUGAUAUCCACAGCCUGGGCACUGAUGGGCAAGAGAAUGAGGAAAUACUUCCAGGUUUCCGAUCUUUUGCAAAUUUUAUCCAAAAUCUUAAGAGAGAAGACAGGUUAAUUUUGAAGGAGAUGAAGGUUUGGAUAGAACAAUUUGAAAGAGAUUUGACGAGGGCACAAAUGACAGAAUCAAAUUUGCAGGAUAAAUAUCAGUCAUUUAAGCACUUCAGAGUCCAGUAUGAAAUAAAGAGGAAACAGAUUGAACAUUUAAUCCAGCCAGUGCAUCGUGAUGGGAAAUUGUCACUUGACCAGGCGUUGGUGAAACAAGCCUGGGAUAGAGUGUCCUCCAGGCUCUUUGAUUGGCACAUACAGCUUGAUAAGGCUCUGCCUGCGCCCCUGGGCACCAUCGGGGCCUGGCUGUACAGAGCCGAGGUGGCCCUGAGAGAGGAGCUCACCGUCCAGCAGGUCCAUGAGGAAACAGCAAACACCAUACAAAGGAAACUCGAGCAGCACAAGGAUCUGCUUCAAAACACCGAUGCCCACAAAAGAGCAUUUCAUGAAAUCUACCGGACCAGGUGUGUCAAUGGGAUUCCCGUGCCCCCGGACCAAUUAGAGGACAUGGCUGCGAGGUUUCAUUUUGUUUCCUCCACCUCGGAGCUGCAUUUGAUGAAGAUGGAAUUUCUGGAAUUAAAGUACCGCCUGCUCUCGCUGCUGGUGCUCGCUGAGUCGAAGCUCAAGUCCUGGAUCAUCAAGUAUGGGAGACGGGAGUCUGUGGAGAUGCUGCUACAGAAUUACAUCGCUUUUAUAGAAAACAGCAAAUUCUUUGAGCAGUAUGAAGUGACAUAUCAGAUCCUAAAACAGACUGCAGAGAUGUACGUCAAAGCAGAUGGUUCAGUGGAAGAAGCAGAGAAUGUGAUGAAAUUCAUGAACGAGACCACCGCUCAGUGGAGGAACCUCUCCGUGGAGGUGAGAAGUGUGAGGAGCAUGCUGGAAGAAGUCCUUUCCAACUGGGACCGCUACGGCAACACAGUGGCCAGUCUUCAGGCCUGGCUAGAGGAUGCGGAGAAGAUGCUAAGUCAGACGGAGCAUGCCAAAAAGGACUUUUUCCGAAACUUACCUCACUGGAUCCAACAACACACCACCAUGAAUGACGCUGGCAAUUUUCUAAUUGAAACAUGUGAUGAAAUAGUGUCUCAGGAUCUGAAACAGCAACUACUUUUGCUAAAUGGACGAUGGAGGGAGUUAUUCAUGGAAGUCAAGCAAUAUGCACGAGCUGAUGAGCUGGACAGAAUGAAGAAGGAGUAUUCAGACUGUGUUAAGACCUUGUCUGCAUUUGUAGCAGAAGCCCAAAGGAAACUUUCGGAACCCUUGGAAGUCUCUUUUAUCAAUGUCAAGUUGUUAAUUCAGGAUUUGGAGGAUAUUGAACAGAGGUUACCAGUGAUGGAUGCCCAGUACAAGAUGAUUACAAAGACCGCCCACCUCAUUGCAAAAGAAAGCCCCCAGGAAGAAGCCAAUGAGAUGUUUGCAACCAUGUCUGGGCUCAAGGAGCAGCUAGUCAAGGUCAAGGAAUGUAGCUCCCCGCUUCUCUAUGAGUCGCAGCAGCUGCUGAUUCCGUUAAAGGAGUUGGAAACACAGAUGACAAGCUUCUAUGACUCACAUGGGAAAAUCGGUGACAUGAUGGCCGUUCUCCAGCAAGAGACACAGUCCAGCGCCCUCUUUAAGCAGAAACAUCAGGAACUAUUGGCUUGUCAGGAGAGCUGCAAGAAAACCCUGGCGCAGGUGGAGAAGGGCAGCCAUGGGGUCCAGAAGUUUGUGACUUUGAGCGACGUGCUGAAGCAUUUCGAUCAGACGAAGCUGCAGAGACAGAUUGCUGACAUUCACGUGGCUUUUCAGAAUAUGGUAAAGAAAACUGGAGAUUGGAAGAAACACGUGGAAACCAAUAGUCGCCUGAUGAAGAAGUUUGAGGAGUCUCGGGCCGAACUGGAGAAGGUGCUGCGAGUAGCUCAGGAAGGUCUGGAGGAAAAGGGGGAUCCAGAGGUCCUCUUGAGGAGACACACUGAGUUCUUCAGUCAGCUGGAUCAGAGGGUGCUCAAUGCUUUCCUAAAAGCUUGUGACGAGCUCACCGACAUCCUCCCUGAGCAGGAGCAGCAAGGCCUGCAGGACGCUGUCCGAAAGCUCCACAAACAGUGGAAGGACCUUCAGGGAGAAGCUCCCUAUCAUCUGCUUCAUCUGAAGAUUGAUGUGGAGAAAAAGUUGUUCCUGGCUUCCGUGGAAGAAUGUCGAGCCGAGCUGGACCGAGAGGCCAAGCUGGCGGCCCAGGAAGGCAGUGAGAGGAUGAUUGAGGAGCACAGGAUAUUCUUCAGUGACAAGGGUCCUCACCACGUCUGUGAGAAAAGGUUGCAGCUCAUUGAAGAGCUGUGUCUGAAGCUGCCUGCACGGGACCCGGGGAGGAGCACUCCUGAGACUUGCCAUGCAACACUCAGAGAGCUCAGAGCAGCCAUCGACAGCACCUAUGAGAAACUCAUGGCAGACCCCGACAAAUGGAGGGACUACACCAGCAGAUUCUCUGAGCUUUCCUCCUGGAUAUCAGCCCAAGAAACCCAGCUGAAGGAGAUUAAAGAUGGAGUCCUAGAUACUUCCAACCACGGUGAGGUGAAACGCGUGGUGGAGGAGAUCAGAAAUGGCAUUACCCACAAAGAAGAGGCACUCAGCUGGCUGAAAUCCCGGCUUAAGAUUCUGAUUGAAGUUUCUUCUGAGAAGGAAGCUGAAAAACAAGGAGAUGAGCUGGCAAAAUUAUCGAGUGACUUCAAGGCUCUUGGGACUUUGUUGUCAGAGGUGGAAAAGAUGUUGAGCAACUUUGGGGACUGUGUCCAGUACAAAGAAAUAGUCAAAAGCUCCCUGGAAGAUUUGAUUUCUGGCUCCAAAGACGUUCAGGAAGAAGCUGAGAAGAUCUUGGACGCUGAGAAUCUGUUUGAAGCCCAGCAGUUACUUCUUCAUCACCAGCAACAGACGAAGAGGAUUUCUGCAAAGAAGAGAGACGUGGAGCAGCAGAUCGCGCAGGCGCGGCCGGGGGACAUGGGGCUGCAGGGCCGCGUGCGGAAGGAGCUGCAGCAGCUGCAGGGCACGCUGGACGGAGUGGAACAGAGCCGGGAGAAGCAGGAGCGCCGCAUCCAGGUCACAUUACGGAAAUGGGAACGAUUUGAGACGAACAAAGAGACGGUGGUCAGGUACCUUUUCCAGACAGGUUCCAGCCACGAACGCUUCUUGAGUUUUAGCAGUUUGGAAAGCUUGUCAUCAGAACUGGAACAAACAAAGGAGUUUUCUAAGCGAACAGAAGGUAUUGCCAUUCAGGCCGAGAACCUUGUCAAGGAAGCCUCUGAAAUACCGCUCGGGCCCAAGAACAAGCAGUUGCUUCAGCAACAGGCAAAGUCCAUCAAAGAGCAAGUCAGAAAGUUAGAAGACACGCUCGAAGAAGAUAUUAAAACCAUGGAAAUGGUGAAAAGCAAGUGGGAUCAUUUUGGCAGUAAUUUUGAGACCCUGUCCGCCUGGAUAACUGAGAAAGAAAAAGAACUCAAGGCCUUGGAAAAUUCGUCAUCGGCUUUGGACAUGAAAAUCAGCCAAAUUAAGGUUACAAUCCAGGAAAUCGAGAGUCAGAUCAGCAGUGUUAUGGAAUUGGAAGAAGCAGCACAAUCUUUUGCCCAGUUUGUUACCACUGGAGAAUCGGCCCGGAUCAAGGCCAAGUUGACACAAGUAAGAAGAUACUGGGAAGAACUCCGUGAGCAUGCGCAGUGCCUGCAGGGAGCCAUCCAGGGCCAGUUAUCUCAGCAGCAAACCUUUGAGGAAGACCUUCGCAAGAUCAAAAAGUCUGUGUCUGAAUUUGAAGACAAACUUGUUGAGCCAGUUAAAAUAUGUUCUUCAGCUACAGAGACGUACAGACUUCUACAAGAACAUAUGGACCUUUGUCAGGCUGUGGAGUCACUGAACAGCACCGUGGCUGCCUUCUCAGCCAGUGCCCGCAAGGUGGCCAGUGACCCCUGUGCUCAGGAGGCAACAUCUGUGCAGGAGCAGUACCAGGCGCUGCUGAGCAGGGCCAAGGAGAGACAGAGCAUGCUGGAGAGCCGUCUGUCCCACUGGCAGAGGCUAGAGAAAGAACUGUUGACCUUUCUGACCUGGUUAGAAAGGUGUGAAGCCAUAGCCGGUUCUCCUGAAGUGGGCAUCUCUGCAGACAGAGUCAAAGUGGAGGGUGAGCUUCAGUUAAUACAGGGCCUGCAGCAGGAGGUUGUGUCCCAGGCCUCAUGCUAUAGUAACCUCCUGCAGUUGAAGGAAUCGCUGUUCUCAGUGGCCUCCCAAGAGGAUGUGAAGAUGUUGAAACUACACCUGGAGGAGUUGGAUGAACGAUGGAGAGUUUUGCCACAGAUCAUCAGUAAGAGGAUUAAUUUCCUUCAGUCUGUGGUUGCAGAACACCAGCAGUUUGAUGAAUUGCUGCUUUCCUUUUCCAUGUGGAUUAAGCUGUUUCUCAGUGAGUUGCAGACCACCUCGGAGAUAAGCAUACCAGACCACCAGGCAGCUCUCAUUCGGCAUAAGGACCACGUGGCAGAAGUGGAGAGCAAAAAGGGAGCGGUGAAGAGUCUGCAGGGCCACCUGGCGAAGCUGGCUGCCCUGGGCCGGGCUGAGGACCUGCACCUGCUCCAGGCCAAGGCUGAGGACUGUUUACAGCUCUUUGAGGAGGCCAGCCAGGUGGUGGAGAGGCGCCAGCUUGCCCUGGGCCAGUUGCCAGAGUUCCUACAGAGCCAUAGCGCUCUGUCGAGUGUUCUUCACCGGCUGAGACAAACGGUGGAAGCCACCAACAGCAUGGAUAAGAAGCAGUCUGAUUUGCUGAAGAAGGACCUGAACGAUGCCACGCGGGAGGCCAAGGCGCUGGAAUCCGCCGCCAUCGGUCUUGACGGCGUUCUUUCCAAAGCCCAGUACCAUCUCAGAAGUGGAGGCUCAGAGCACAGGACUUCCUGCAGAGCCACGGUGGAUCAGCUGUGCUUGGAACUAGACAGGCUCCAGAACCUUCUGGGAACCAAGCAGAGUGAGGCCGAUGCCCUGGCAGUACUGAAAAAGGCGUUCAGGGACCAGAAAGAGGAGCUGCUGAAAAGCAUUGAGGACAUUGAAGAAAGGGCCGACAGAGAGCGACUGAAAGAACCCAGCCGCCAGGCUGUGCAGCAGAGGUUGAGAGUCUUUAACCAGUUGGAGGAUGAAUUGAAUUCACAUGAGCAUGAGCUCUGUUGGUUGAAAGAUAAAGCUAAACAGAUUGCCCAGAAAGAUAUUGCUUUUGCACCUGAAGUCGACAGGGAGAUAAACCGUCUAGAAGCUACCUGGGAUGACACCAAAAAAGUAAUCCAUGAGAACCAGGGUCAAUGCUGUGGACUCAUUGACUUGAUGAGAGAAUAUCAGAACUUGAAGGCAGCUGUUUCCAAAGUCCUCGACAGUACCAGCAGCCUGAUUGGGACCAAAACAACUAUAAAAGAUCAAGAAGACCUAAAAUGGGCUUUAUCUAAGCAUGAAACCGCCAAGAAUGAAAUGAAUGAAAAACAGAAAGACUUGGAUAGCUUUACCAGCAAAGGAAAGCACUUGUUGUCCGAGUUGAAGAAAAUCCACAGCAGUGAUUUCACAUUGGUGAAGACAGACGUGGAGGGCACAGUGGACAGAUGGCUAGAUACCUCAGAGAGAAUUGAGGAGAACAUGGAUAGGCUGAGAGUCUGCCUGUCCAUUUGGGACGAUGUACUGUCGAGUAAAGAUGAAAUCGAUGGAUGGUCAAACAACUGUGUCCCACAACUGACUGAAAGCAUCCGCCACCUGAAUGACAGCCUGAAAACAGAAGAACUCCUUAAGGAGUUUGAGUCUGAAGUUAAAACCAAAGUACUGCGAUUGGAAGAGCUCCAUUCUAAAGUCAGUGAUCUCAAAGAAUUAACGAAAAACCCAGAAACACCACCAGACCUCCAGUUUAUUGAAGCUGACUUAAAGCAGAAGCUGGAACACGCCAAGGAAAUAACGGAAGUGGCCAAAGGAACCCUGAAGGACUUCACCGCUCAGACUGCACAAGUUGAGAGGUUCAUUAACGACAUCACAGGCUGGCUCGCGAAGCUGGAAGAAUCGCUGUGGAACUGUGCUCGAACCGAGACGUGUGAGGGGCUGAAAAAAGUGAAGGAUAUACAAAAAGAACUCCAAAGCCGGCAAAGCCACAUCAGCUCUACCCAAGAAAAUCUCAAUGGUCUGUGUCGUAAGUACCACGCUGUGGAGCUGGAGAGCUUGGGCAGCGCAAUGACUGGGCUGAUAAAGAAAUACGAAGGUGUAACCCAGCUGUGCUCCAAAACUCAGACCAGCCUUCAGGAUUCUCUGGAAAAACACUUCAAUGAGGCCAUGCAGGAAUUUCAAGAAUGGUUUUCUGGAGUGAAGGUAGCCGUGAAAGUAUCAUCAGACAGAACUGGUGACAGCAAGGUUCUCGAGGCCAAGCUCCAUGAUCUCCAGAACAUUCUGGACUCAAUCAGUGAUGGACAGAGCAAGCUUGAUGCGGUGACUCAAGAAGGACAAACUUUGUAUGCACAUUUGCCUAAACAACUUGUGAGCAGCAUUCAGGAGCAUGUGACCAAGGCGAAUGAAGAGUUUCAGGCAUUUCUAAAGCAAUGCCUCAAAGACAAACAGGCCCUUCAAGACUGCGCUUUAGAACUUGGGAGCUUUGAGGAUCAGCACAGAAAACUAAACUUAUGGAUCCAUGAGAUGGAAGAAAAGUUUAGUACAGAAAACCUGGGUGAGAGUAAACAGCACAUUCCUGAGAAGAAAAAUGAAGUCCAUAAAGUUGAAAUGUUUUUGGGAGAACUAUUGGCCGCAAGAGAGUCCCUCGAUAAGCUGUCUCAGAGAGGGCAGCUGCUCAGUGAGGAAGGCCACGGAGCCGGGAAGGAAGGCCGGCUGUGCUCCCAGCUCCUCACCACUUACCAGAAUUUGCUCAGAAGGACCAAGGAGACGCUCCGGAGCUGUCAGGUGGCCCUUCAGGAGCACGAAGCCCUGGAACAAGCUCUCCAAAACAUGUGGUCAUGGGGGAAAGGUGUCCAAGACAGGCUUGUCUCUGCAGAAAGCACGGUUGGAAGCAAAGAUAUGCUGGAAAAACGACUGCUACAAAUACAGGAAAUUCUCCUGAUGAAAGGUGAAGGCGAAGUUAAGCUGAACAUGGCGAUUGGUAAAGGGGAGCAGGCCUUGAAAAGCAGCAACAAAGAUGGUCAGAAGGCAAUUCAGACUCGGCUGCAGGCCCUUAACGACAUGUGGGCUAACAUCAUGAGCUCCUCUGUCCAUGCUCAGAGCACUUUAGAGUCCGUGAUUAGCCAGUGGAAUGAGUAUCUGGAGAGGAAAAACCAGUUGGAGCAGUGGAUGGAAUCGGUGGAUCAAAGAGUCGAGCACCCUUUGCAGCCGCAGCCGGGUCUGAAGGAGAAGUUCGCGCUGCUGGACCACUUCCAGUCCAUGGUGUCUGAGGGGGAAGACCAUGCCGUGGCCCUGGAGCACCUCGCUGCCCAAGCCAGGGAGCUCUAUGAAAGGACAGAAGAUGUGGCGUUCAUGGAGGCUGCUCAGCUGGAACUGAGAACGCAGUUUAAUGAUAUAAUAACUGUUGCGAAGGAAAAAAUGAGGAACGUGGAAGAGAUUGUGAAAGACCAUCUCGUGUACUUGGACGCCGUCCAGGAGUUUACAGAUUGGCUCCACUCGGCCAAGGAAGAGCUUCAUCGGUGGUUGGAUAUGUCGGGAGACUCAUCAGCCACCCAGAAGAAGCUAUCUAAAAUAAAGGAGCUGAUAGAUUCCAGAGAGAUUGGGGCCGGCCGCCUGUGCAGAGUGGAGGCGCUGGCGCCCGCCGUGAAGCAGGACACUAGUGCCAGGGGGUGUGAGCUGGUGGACGCCGAGAUGCAGGCCCUGCGCGCAGACUGGAAGCAGUGGGAAGACAGCGUCCUGCAGUCCAGCAGCAGCCUGGAGAAGCUGGCCAGCCAGAUGGCCCUUUCCGAGCAGGAGUUUGCCGGCCAAGUGGCUCAGCUCGGGGCCGCCCUGGACCAGUUCAGUGCCUUCCUGAAAAACUGGUCUCAGCAGCUAGCCCUUCUGGAAGGCAAGAACACGGACCAGGAGCUGGUGGCAGGCUGGCACAAAGGAAAAGAGAUCCUGGAUGCUCUAGAAAAAGCUGAACCAAAGACGGAAGAGCUUAAGUCUCAGCUGAAUGACCUUUGUCGCUUUUCCAAAGAUCUGAGUACCUACAGUAGCAAAGUUUCUGGCUUGAUCAAGGAAUAUAACUGUCUUUGUUUGCAAGCAUCCAAGGACUGCCAGAACAAAGAAAAGAUCCUACAGCAGAGAUUUCAAAAAGCCUUCAGGGACUUCCAACAGUGGUUGGUGAAUGCAAAAAUUACUACUGCCAAAUGUUUUGAUAUACCUCAAAAUAUUAGUGAAGUUUCAUCAAGUCUUCAAAAAAUACAGGAGUUUUUGUCAGAAAGUGAAAAUGGCCAGCACAAAUUAAACAUGACGUUGUCUAAAGGAGAACUUUUGAUUCCUCUGCUGACCGAAGACAAAGCCAAAGACAUCCAGACCAAACUUGAAACGACAAAAGAAGAUUGGAAAAAUUUUUAUUCAAAUCUCCACCAAAAGGAAUCUGCACUUGAGACCCUAAAGAUCCAAAUGAAGGACUUUGAAGUCAGCGCCGAGCCGGUGCAGGACUGGCUGAGUCAAACAGAGAAGAUGGUCCGUGAGAGCAGCAGCCGGCUCUAUGACCUGCCAGCCAAGAGGCGCGAGCAGCAGAAACUGCAGUCUGUCCUUGAGGAAAUAAACUGCUACGAGCCUCAGCUCCACAGGCUCAAAGAGAAAGCUCAGCAGCUGUGGGAAGGACGCGCUGCGAGCAAGAGCUUUCUGCACAGAGUGUCCCAGCUGUCUUCUCAGUACCUAGCGCUAAGCAAUGUCACGAAGGAGAAAGUGUCACGAUUGGAUCGGAUCGUCGCGGAACACAACCAGUUCUCUCUGGGGGUGAAGGAGCUGCUGGACUGGAUGGCCGAUGCCACGCACAUGCUGGAUUCUUACUGCCUCCCCACCUCUGACAAAAGCGUGCUGGAUAGCAGGAUGCUAAAACUUGAGGCUCUAAUGUCAGUGAAACAGGAAAAAGAGAUCCAGAUGAAGAUGAUAGUGACCCGAGGCGAGUCUGUCCUUCAGAACACCUCUCCGGAAGGUGUCCCUGCCAUCCAGCAGCAACUGCAGACCGUCAAGGACAUGUGGGCGUCCCUGCUGUCUUCCGGGAUUCGCUGUAAAAGCCAACUCGAAGGAGCCCUCUCCAAGUGGACGAGCUAUCAGGAUGACGUCCGGCAGUUCUCCAACUGGAUGGACGGCGUGGAAGCCAGCAUAACUGAGUCCGAGCGGCAGUGUGCCGAGCUGCGCGAGAAGACGGCUGCUCUCGGAAAAGCCAAGCUGCUGAAUGAAGAAGUGCUGAGUCACAGCAGCUUGCUGGAGACCAUUGAAGUCAAGAGGGCUGGCAUGACAGAGCACUACGUCACCCAGUUAGAACUCCAAGAUCUGCAGGAGCGCUACCGAGCAAUCCAAGACAGGGCCAAGGAAGCAGUAACCAAGUCAGAAAAACUGGUUCGCCUGCACCAGGAGUAUCAGAGGGAGCUGAAAGCAUUUGAAGUGUGGCUGGAGCAAGAACAAGAGAAACUGGUCCGCUGCUCAGUUCUCGAAGGAGAUGCGCGAUCUCACGAGACAACAUUACGUGACCUGCAGGAGCUCCAGGUGCACUGUGCAGAGGGCCAGGCCUUGCUGAAUGCUGUGCUGCACACCCGAGAGGAGGUCAUCCCCUCUGGCAUCCCACAGACCGAGGACCGGGCGCUGGAGUCCCUGCGCCAGGACUGGCAGGCGUACCAGCAGAGGCUGUCGGAGACCCGGACCCAGUUCAAUAACAUCGUGAGCAAACUGAGGCUCAUGGAGCAGAAGUUUGAGCAGGUCGAUGAGUGGCUGACAGCGAUGGAGGAGAAAGUGAGUGUGAAGGCUGUGUCCCAGUCCACCCGGGCCGCCAAGGAGAUGCAGUUACACCAGAUGAAGAAGUGGCAUGAAGAAAUCGCAGCGCACAGGGAUGAAGUGGAGGAGGUGGGGGCCCGGGCGCAGGAGAUCCUGGACGAGAGCCACGUGAGCAGCAGAAUGGGCUGCCAGGCCACCCAGCUCAUGUCCAGAUACCAGGCCCUCCUGCUCCAGGCACUGGAACAAAUAAAAUUCCUGGAGGAAGAGAUCCAGAGUUUGGAGGAAUCCGAAUCAUCCCUCAGUGCCUACACUGACUGGUACAGCUCCACGCAUAAAAACUUCAAAAACGUGGCCACAAAAAUUGACAAAGUAGACAAAGUUGUGAUGGGGAAGAAAACGAAGAUGCUGGAGACUUUGCUCAAGGACAUGGAGAAAGGCCACAGUUUGCUGAAGUCAGCCAGAGAGAAAGCAGAGAGGGCCCUGAGGUUCUUGGAGGAGGGCGAGGCAGAAGCAUUGAGGAGAGUGAUCCAGGAUCACGUGGAGCGGCUGAAGGAACUGACCAGCAGUGUCCGGAAAGAGCACAUGGCCCUGGAGAAAGGCCUUCACUUGGCCAAGGAAUUCACAGACAAAUAUAAGGCACAAGCUCAGUGGCUGGCAGAAUACCAGGAGAUCCUCCACGCUCCCGAGGAAGCCAAGAUGGAACUGUAUGAGAAAAAAGCCCAGUUAUCCAAGUACAAGUCACUGCAGCAAAUGGUGCUUUCCCAUGAGCCCUCAGUCACCUCGGUGCGGGAGAAAGGCGACGCCCUUCUGGAACUCGUGCAGGACGAGACUCUGAAAGACCAGCUGGAGAGACUGCAGGCUGACUACCAGGACCUGUGCAGGGCAGGAAAGGAGCACGUCUCCAGCCUUGAGAACAAAGUCCGAGACCACGAAGACUACAAUGGGGAGCUGCAGGAGGUGGAAAAGUGGCUGUUACAGAUGUCUGGCCGGCUGGUGGCCCCUGACCUGGUGGAGACAAGCAGCUUGGAGACAGUGACCCAGCAGCUGGCCCACCACAAGGCAAUGAUGGAAGAAAUCGCUGGCUUUGAAGACCGAUUGAAUAACCUUAAAGCCAAAGGUGACAGUCUGAUCGGACAGUGUGCAGACCACCUGCAAGCGAAACUGAAGCAGAGUGUCCAUGGUCACCUGCAGGGCACCAAGGACAGCUACUCCGCGAUCUGCAGUACAGCUCAGAGGGUGUACCAGAGUCUGGAGCAUGAGCUGAAGAAGCAUGUGAGCCGACAGGACACCCUGCAGCAGUGCCAGGCCUGGCUGUCUGCAGUCCAGCCCGACUUAAAGCCGAGCCCUCAGCCCCCGCUGAGCCGGGCCGAAGCCGUGAAGCAGGUCAAACACUUCCGGGCUUUGCAGGAGCAGGCGCGCACCUACUUAGAUCUCCUUUGCUCCAUGUGUGACUUUUCCAACUCCUCGGUGAAAGCCACAGCGAAAGACAUCCAGCAAACAGAGCAAAUGAUUGAGCAGAGACUGGCCCAAGCCCAGACCUUAACCCAGGGCUGGGAGGAGAUCAAGCACAUGAAGUCCGACCUGUGGAUUUAUCUCCAGGACGCUGAUCAGCAGCUGCAGAAUAUGAAGAGAAGACAUUCAGAACUGGAGCGAAAUAUUGCACAGAACAUGGUUUCUCAGGUGAAGGAUUUUGUUAAGAAAUUAGAGUCCAAGCAGGCUUCGGUGACUGCGAUCAUAGAAAAGGUGGAUGCAUUGACCAAGAAGCAGGAGUCUCCUGAACACAAGGAGAUCGGCCAUUUACAUGACCAGUGGUCAGAUCUGUGCCUUCAGUCAAACCACCUGUGUUCACAAAGAGAAGAGGAUCUUCAGAGAACGAGAGAUUACCAUGACCGCAUGAGGGUGGUUGAAGGGUUCUUAGAGAAGUUUACGACGGACUGGGAUAACUUGGCCAGGGCCGAUGCCGAGAGCACUACCGUCCACUUGGAGGCCCUGAAGCAGCUGGCCCUGGCCCUGCAGGAGAAGAAGCACGCCAUGGAAGAGCUGAAGGCGCAGAAGCAGAAGAUGACGGAGCACCUCAACCUCGAUGACCGAGACUUAGUCAAAGAGCAGACGGGCCACUUGGAGCAGCGCUGGUUCCAGCUGGAGGACCUCGUGAAGAGGAAGAUCCAGGUGUCGGUGACCAACCUGGAGGAGCUGAGCUCGGUGCAGGCCCGGUUCCGGGAGCUGAUGGAGUGGGCGCAGGAGCAGCAGCCGGCCGUGGCCGAGGCCUUGAAGCAGAGUCCCCCGCCCGACGUGGCGCGCAAGCUCCUCACGGACCACCUGGCCAUCUGCAGCGAGCUGGAGGCCAAGCAGGCCCUCCUCAAGUCGCUGCUGAAGGACGCCGACAGGGUCAUGGUGGACCUGGGGCUCAACGAGCGCCAGCUGGUCCAGAAGGCGCUGUCCGAGGCGCAGCGGCACGUGAGCAGCCUCAGCGACCUGGUGGGCCAGCGACGCAAGUACUUGAACAAGGCGCUGGCGGAGAAAACCCAGUUCCUGCUGGCCGUGUUCCAGGCCAUCAGCCAGAUUCAGCAGCACGAGAGGAAGAUCACGUUCCGGGAGCACAUCGGCCUCCUCCCGGAUGAUGUGAGCAAGCAGGUGAAGACGUGCCGGAGCACGCAGGCCAGCCUCCGGACGUACCAGCACGAGGUGGCCGGGCUCUGGGCGCAGGGCCGCGAGCUGCUCAAGGCCGUGGGCGAGCACGACAAGGGCGAGGUGCUCGCCAAGCUGCAGGAGCUGCAGGCCGUGUACGACUCGGUGCUGCAGCGCUGUGGCCAGCGCCUGCACGAGCUGGAGAGGAGCGUGGUGCCCAGGAAGCACUUCAAGGAGGACUUCGACAAAGCGUGCCACUGGCUCAAACAGGCCGACAUCGUGACCUUCCCCGAGGUCAACCUCAUGAACGAGAGUGCAGAGCUGCACGCGCAGCUCGCCAAGUACCAGCACGUGCUCGAGCAGGCCCCCGAGUACGAGAGUCUGCUGGCCACGCUGCAGAGGAGUGGCCAGGCCAUGCUGCCGUCACUCAACGAGGUGGACCACUCCUACCUCAGCGAGAAGCUGGCCGCGCUGCCCCAGCAGUUCAAUGUCAUCGUGGCCCUGGCCAAGGACAAGUUCUACAAGGUGCAGGAAGCCAUCCUGGCACGCAAAGAGUACGCGUCCUUAAUGGAGCUGACGGCCCAGUCUCUGGGUGACGCUGAAGAGCAGCUGGGGAAGAUGAGCCGUGUGCCGGGUGCCCUGGUGGCCGAGGAGGCCCUGUCCCUUCGCGAUGCCUGCAGGGCCCUCCUGGGUCAGGUGUUGAGCCUGGGGGAAGCAGUGGAUGAACUGAAUCAGAAGAAGGAAGGUUUCCAGAGCACCGGGCAGCCCUGGCAGCCCAAUCGGAUGCUGCACCUUGUCACCUUGUACCACAGGCUGAAGCGGCAAGCGGAGCAGCGGGUGAGCGUGCUAGAGGACAUGGCCAGUGCCUACCAGGAGCACGAGAGGAUGUGCCAACAGCUGGAGACACAGCUGGAAGCGGUGAGAAGGGACCAGGCCAAGGUGAACGAGGAGACACUUCCUGCAGAGGAGAAGCUCAAGAUGUAUCACUCCCUGGCGGGAAGUCUCCAGGAUGCAGGGACCCUCCUGAACCGAGUCACCGUGCACCUCGAGGACCUGUGUCCCCACCUCGACCCCAUGGCUUAUGAGAAGGCCAAGCAUCGGCUGGAGGCCUGGCGAGAGGAGCUGCGGGUGCUGACCGCUGCCCUCGGGGAGACCGUGGCGGAAUGCGAGGCCCGCAUGGUCCAGAGCAUCGACUUCCAGUCGGAGAUGAGCCGCUCACUGGACUGGCUGCGGAGGGUCAAGGCGGAGCUCAGUGGGCCCGUGUGCCUGGACCUGAGCCUCCAGGACAUCCAGGAAGAGAUCCGUAAGACCCAGAUCCAUCAGGAGGAGGUGCAGUCCAGCCUGAGGAUCAUGAGCGCCCUGAGCCGCAAGGAGAAGGAGAAGUGCGUCAGAGCUAAGGAGGUGAUCCCCGCGGACCUGGAGCACACGCUGGCGGAGCUGGGCGAGCUGGACACCGACGUGCAGGAGGCCUUGCGUGCCAGGCAGGCCACCCUGACUGAAGUGUACGCUCAGUGUCAGCGGUAUUACCAAGUGCAUCAAGCGGCUGAUGACUGGCUUCAAGACGCUCAGGAGAUGCUCCAGCCUGCGGGCAACGGCAUGGACGUGGAGAGCGCCGAGGAAAACCUACAGAGCCACGUGGAGUUUUUCAGCACACAGGGUCAGUUUGACAGCGACCUGCAGGCACUUCAAAGCCUGGUGGCCAGCCUCAGCCCGCUCAUCAAGGCCACAGGGAAGGAGGAGAUGGCGCAGAAGUUGGCUUCCCUAGAAGACAGGAGCAAGAGGGUAACUCAGGAAUCCCAGGUCCAGCAAGAGCUGCUGCAGAGAUGUGCAGCCCAAUGGCAGGAUUACCAGAAGGCACGGGGAGAGGUGAUUGACCUGAUGAAUGAAGCCGAGAAGCAAUUGUCUGAAUUUUCUUUACUGAAGACUUCUUCCAAUCACGAAGCAGAAGAAAAACUAUCAGAACACAAGAGUUUAGUGUCAGUAGUCAACUCUUUCCAGGAGAAAAUUGUGGCCCUGGAGGAAAAGGCCUCCCCACUGGAAAAAAAUGGAAAUGAAGCGAGCAGAGCCACAGUUAGCCGGUUCACCACUACCGUGUGGCAGCGCUGGACACGGCUCCAUGCUGUGGUCCAGGACCAGCAGAAGAUUUUGGAAGAUGCAGUUGAUGAGUGGAAGAGCUUUACCAAUAAGGUUAUAAAAGCCACUGAAGCAGUCGAUGAGCUGCAAGCUAAGUUACCAGGAAGCUCCGCAGAGAAAGCCUCGAAAGCGGAGCUGGAAGGGCUCCUUGAGGACCACGACACGUUGGUGCUGGAGCUGGAGCAGCAGCAGGCGGCCCUCGGGGUACUGAGGCAGCAGGCACUGAGCAUGCUCCAGGACGGGGCUGGUCCCGCGGCAGCUGGAGGAGAGCCCCCUGUCAUGCAGGAGAUCACGGCUGUGCAAGACCGCUGCCUAAACAUGCAGGAGAAAGUGAAGAGUAAUGGGAAACUGGUCAAACAGGAGCUGAAGGAGCGGCAGAUGGUGGAGACACAGAUCAAUGCCGUGAAAUCAUGGGUCCAGGAGACGAAGGAAUAUCUGGGAAAUCCAACGACUGAGAUAGAUUCUCAGCUGGAAGAACUUCAGGUUCUCUUGACGGAAGUGACGAAUCACCGGCAGGACAUUGAGAAGACGGCCGAAGAGCAGAAGAAUAAAUACCUGGGUUUCCACACUAUCCUCCCUUCUGAGCUCUCUCUCCAGCUGGCUGAAGUCGCUUUAGACCUGGGCACGAUUCAUGACCAGAUCCAGGACAAAGUGAAAGAAGUUGAGCAGAGCAAGGCCAUGGGCCAGGACUUUGGUCGGCAGAUCCAGAUAUUGGCGAAAAACCUCACAGCUAUUCUAACGAAGCUGAAUGCCAAGACCAAUGAUUUAGUUCAAGCAAAAACUGAACAGAAGGUGCUCGGAGAGGACUUAGAUGACUGUAAUGUGAAGCUGAUGGAACUGGAUGCAGCCAUACAGAAAUUCUCUGAAGAGCAUGGCCAACUGGGCAAGCCACUGGUCAAGAAGAUAGGAAAACUGACGGAACUCCACCAUCAGACCGUCAGGCAGGCUGAGAGCAGGCUGUGCAAACUCGGUCAGGCAGCAUCCCAUUUAGAAGAAUACAAUGAAAUGCUUGAACCCAUUCUGAAGUGGAUUGAGAAAGCUAAAUGCUUAGUACAUGGAAAUAUUGCAUGGAAUUCUGCAAACCAGCUUCGGGAACAAUACAUCUCACAUCAGACAAUGUUGGAAGAAUCUGAAGAAAUCUGCAGCGACCUGGAAGCAAUGACCGAGAAACUUCAGUACCUGAGCAGCGUGUACUGCACUGAAAAAAUGUUCCAGCAAGUGGCAGAACUGGGACGGGAGACCGAGGAGGUACAGCAGAUGAUCAAAAUCCGUUUACAGAGUCUGCAGGAUGCCGCCAAGGAUAUGAAAAAAUUUGAAGCCGAGCUCAGAAAUUUACAAGCUGCCCUGGAACAGGCGCAGGCAACACUGUCCUCCCCGGAAGUCGGCCGUCUCAGUCUCAAGGAGCAAUUAUCUCAUCGACAGCACUUGCUAUCAGAGAUGGAGUCGCUGAAGCCCAAGGUCCAGGCUGUCCAGCUGUGCCAGAGUGCACUCCGGAUCCCCGAGGACGUGGUGGCCAGCCUGCCACUCUGCCACGCGGCCCUGCGGCUGCAGGAGGAGGCCAGCCGGCUGCAGCACACGGCCAUCCAGCAGUGUAACAUCAUGCAGGAGGCUGUGGUGCAGUACGAGCAGUAUGAACACGAAAUGAAACGCCUCCAGCAGCUGAUUGAAGGAGCUCACAGGGAGAUCGAGGAUAAACCAGUGGCCACCAGCAACAUCCAGGAGCUGCAAGCCCAGAUCUCUCGGCAUGAGGAGCUGGCUCAGAAAAUCAAAGGCUACCAGGAACAGAUCGCCUCACUGAAUUCCAAGUGCAAGAUGCUGACCAUGAAGGCCAAACAUGCCACCAUGCUGCUGACGGUGACCGAGGUGGAAGGGCUGACGGAAGGCUCUGAGGACCUGGACGGGGAGCUCCUCCCCGCGCCCUCGGCCCAUCCCUCUGUGGUCAUGAUGACUGCAGGUCGCUGUCACACUUUGCUGUCACCUGUCACUGAGGAGUCUGGGGAGGAGGGAACCAACAGUGAGAUGUCCUCUCCACCUGCCUGUCGCUCCCCUUCACCCGUGGCUAAUAUAGAUGCUUCUGUUAACCAGGACAUUGCUUAUUACCAAGCCUUGUCUCCUGAGAGGUUGCAAACAGAGGCAGCAAAGAUUCACCCGAGUGCAGCCUCCUCCCCGGAGUUCUAUGAGCCGGGACUGGAGUCCUCCACCACGGCCAAGCUGGACGACUUGCAGCGUUCCUGGGAGACCCUCAAGAAUGUGAUCAGUGAGAAGCAGCGGACACUCUACGAAGCUUUGGAACGCCAGCAGAAGUACCAGGACUCGCUUCAGUCCAUCUCCACGAAGAUGGAGGUCAUCGAGAUGAAGCUGAAUGAGGGCCUGGAGACUGGCAAGAGUCCCGAGAGCCAGAUGGCUGAGCAUCAGGCCCUGAUGGACGAGAUCCUCAUGCUCCAGGAUGAAAUCAACGAGCUCCAGUCGUCUCUGGCCGAGGAGCUGGUGUCUGAGUCUCCAGAGUCCGACCCCGCCGAGCAGCUGGCCCUGCAGUCCACGCUCACUGUCUUGGCCGAGCGCAUGUCCACCAUCAAGAUGAAAGCGUCAGGGAAGCGGCAGGUGCUGGAGGAAAAGUUGAACGAUCAGCUGGAGGAACAGAGACAGGAGCAAGCCCUGCAGAGGUACCGCUGUGAAGCUGACGAGCUCAACCAUUGGCUGCUGAGCACGAAGGCCACGCUGGACACAGCACUGGGCUCGCCCACAGAGCCCAUGGACAUGGAAGCUCAGCUGGUGGACUGCCAGAACAUGCUGGUGGAAAUAGAGCAGAAGGUGGUGGCCUUGUCGGAGCUCUCAGUCCACAAUGAAAACCUGCUGCUGGAGGGCAAGGCGCACACGAAGGAUGAGGCUGAGCAGCUGGCGGUGAAGCUGAGGACGCUGAAGAGCAGCCUCCAGGAGCUGCAGAGAGCCCUGCACGACAAGCAGCUCAACAUCCAGGGGACACCCCAAGAGAAGGAGGAGAGCGACGCUGACCCAGCGGCCACCCAGAGCCCAGGCGUCCAGGAGUGGCUGCCUCACGCCCGCACCACGCGCAGCCACCAGCGCCAGAGCAGUCUCCAGCAGCAAAAGGAGUUAGAACAGGAACUGGAAGAGCAGAAGAAUCUUCUCAGAUCGGUGGCCAGCCGCGGGGAGGAAAUUCUCACCCAGCACUCGGCUGCAGAGGCCCCAGGCACUGGUGAGAAACCUGAUGUGUUAUUGCCAGAGCCGGGGCUGGAGGGGGAGAAGUCAUACACUGAAGACCAGAUGAGAAUCAAGUGGGAAAGUCUGCAUCAGGAGUUCAGCGCCAAGCAGAGGCUCCUGCAGAAUGCUCUGGAACAAGAGCAAGACCAAGUGCUUUACAGCAGGCCGAACAGGCUGCUGCCUGGUGGGCCCCGGUACAAAGGGGAAGGGCAGGUGCAGGACAAGGCUGCCGUCACGUCUCUGCUGGAUGGACUGAACCAGGCCUUCGAAGAGGUUUCCUCCCAGGGUGGAGGGACAAAAAGGCAGAGCAUCCACUUGGAGCAGAAGUUGUAUGAUGGGGUCUCAGCUACUUCCACUUGGUUGGAUGAUGUAGAAGAACGUUUGUUUGUUGCCACAGCCCUGUUGCCAGAAGAAACAGAAACUUGCCUCUUCAGUCAAGAGACUCUUGCCAAAGAUAUUAAGGAAAUGUCUGAAGAAAUGGAUAAGAACAAGAGCUUGUUUUCCCAAGCGUUCCCAGAAAACGGAGAUAACCGGGGCGUGAUUGAGGACACACUUGGAUGCCUGGUGGACCGAUUGUCGCUGUUGGAUUCAGUAGUGAACCAGCGAUGUCACCAAAUGAAGGAAAGACUUCAGCAAAUUCUAAAUUUCCAGAAUGAUCUGAAGGUGCUGUUUACAUCGCUGGCUGACAGCAAAUACAUCAUUCUACAGAAACUGGCCAAUGUAUUUGAAAAGCCUGUGGCUGAACAAAUAGAGGCGAUUCAGGAGGCUGAAGAGGGACUGAAGGAACUGGACGCAGGAAUCAUUGAGCUGAAGAGACGUGGGGACAAGCUGCAGAUUGAACAGCCCUCCCUGCAGGAGCUCUCCAAGCUCCAGGACAUGUACGACGAACUGAUGGUCACCAUCGGCUCCCGGCGGAGUGGGCUGAACCAGAAUCUCGCCCUCAAAGGUCAGUUUGAAAGGGCUCUGCAGGACCUGGCUGACCUGCUAGAAACCGGACGAGAGAAGAUGGCAGGAGACCAGAAGAUCAUUGUGUCUUCCAAAGAGGAGGUCCAGCAACUGCUGGACAAGCACAAGGAAUACUUCCAGGGUCUGGAAUCCCACAUGAUCCUGACUGAAACCCUCUUCAGAAAGAUAAUCAGCUUUGCCCUCCCAAAGGAGACCCAGUCGCACACAGAGCUGAUGGCCCAGGCCUCCGCUGUCCUGAAGCAGGCCCAUAAGAGGGGCGUGGAGCUGGAGUACAUCCUAGAGACAUGGUCCCGGCUGGACGAGGACCACCAGGAGCUCAGCAGACAGCUGGAGGUGGUGGAAAGUAGCAUCCCAAGCGUGGGUCUGGUGGAGGAGAGCGAGGACAGGCUCAUUGACCGGAUAACGCUCUACCAGCAUCUAAAAUCUAGCCUUAGUGAACACCAGCCCAAAUUAUAUCAGCUCUUGGACGAUGGUAAGCGCCUUCUGAUUUCCGUUAGCUGCUCUGAUCUGGAAGGCCAGCUCAGUCACCUGGGCGACCACUGGCUGACCAGCACCAGCAAAGUGGCCAAGGAGUUACACCGAUUGGAGACGAUCCUGAAGCACUGGACCAGGUAUCAGAGUGAAUCAGCAGCUCUCAUCACCUGGUUACAGUCUGCAAAGGACAGGCUGGAAUUCUGGUCACAGCAGUCUGUGACAGUCCCCCAAGAGCUGGAAAUGGUUCGGGACCAUCUGGAUGCUUUCUUGGAAUUUUCUAAAGAAGUGGAUGCCAAGUCUUCUCUGAAGUCCUCUGUUCUGAGCACGGGGAACCAGCUUCUCCGCUUAAAGAAGGUGGACACAGCUGCCCUGCGGACCGAGCUGUCUCACAUUGACAGCCAGUGGACCGAACUGCUGACCAGUAUUCCCGCGGUCCAGGAAAAGCUCCACCAGCUGCAGAUGGAUAAGCUGCCUUCACGCCAUGCCAUCACUGAAGUCAUGAGCUGGAUUUCUUUAAUGGAAAGUGUUAUUCAGAAGGACGAAGAGAAUAUAAAGAAUGCCAUCGGACACAAAGCAAUCCACGAAUACCUUCAGAAAUACAAGGGUUUCAAGAUAGACAUUAACUGCAAACAGCUGACGGUGGAUUUUGUGAACCAGUCAGUGCUGCAAAUCAGCACUCAGGACGUGGAGAGUAAACGCAGCGAUAAGACCAACUUUGCGGAGCAACUCGGCGCGAUGAAUAAAAGCUGGCAAAUCCUGCAGAGUUUAGUAGCUGAGAAGAUCCAGCUGCUGGAAGGCCUGCUAGAAUCCUGGUCAGAGUACGAGAAUAACGUGCAGAGUCUGAAAGCUUGGUUUGAAACCCAAGAGAAGAGGUUGAAGCAGCAACAUCAGAUUGGGGACCAGGCUUCAGUUCAGAACGCGCUGAAGGACUGUGAGGAGCUCGAAGACUUGAUUAAAGCCAAAGAAAAGGAAGUGCAGGCAGUUGAACAGAACGGAUUGGCUUUGAUUCAGAACAAAAAAGAGGAGGUCUCCGGUGAGGUCAAGGGCACGCUGCAGGAACUCAGCCGGACCUGGGCGAAUCUCGACCACACGGCUGGGCAGUUAAAGACCCUGCUGAAGGGGGUGCUGGACCAGUGGGGCAGUUACAAAGUGGCCUUUGAUGAGAUCAACAGCAACCUUGUGGAGGCGCGCUACGCCCUGUCCCGCUUCCGACUGCUUACCGGCUCUUUAGAAGCUGUCAAAGUCCAAGUGGACAACCUACAGAGUCUUCAAGAUGACCUGGAUAAACAGGAAAGGAGCUUGCAGAAAUUUGGCUCUAUCACCAACCAACUGUUAAAGGACUGUCACCCGCCUGUGACUGAGACGCUUAGCAAUACACUGAAAGAAGUCACUAUGAGAUGGAACAGUUUGCUGGAAGAGACAGCGGAGCAGCUGCACGCCAGCAGGUCCCUCCUUCAGCUCUGGCAGAGGUACAAGGACUACUCCAGGCAGUGCGCCUCCACAGUCCAGCAGCAGGAGGACCAGACCACUGAGCUCCUGAAAGCCGCCGCCAACAAGGACAUUGCUGACGACGAAGUGGCUGCGUGGAUUCAAGAUUGCAAUGACCGCCUCAAAGGACUGGGAGGUGUGAAGGAUUCCCUUUUUGUUCUCCAUGAGCUGGGAGAGCAACUCAAGCAGCAAGUGGAUGCUUCCGCCGCAUCAGCCAUUCAGUCUGACCAGCUCUCCUUGAGUCAGCACUUAAAUGCCAUUGAACAGUCUCUGUCCAAACAGCAGACCAUGUUCCAGGCUGGAGUUCUUGACUACGAGACCUUUGCUAAGAGUUUAGAAGGUCUGGAGGCCUGGAUAGUGGAAGCGGAAGAGAUCCUACAAGGACAGGACCCUAGUCAUUCAUCUGACCUCUCAACCAUUCAGGAGAGGAUGGAAGAACUUAAGGGACAGAUGUUAAAAUUCAGCAGCAUGGCUCCAGAUUUAGACCAUCUGAAUGAACUGGGGUACAGGUUACCCCUGAGUGACAAGGAAAUCAAGAGGAUGCAGAACUUGAAUCGCCACUGGUCUCUCAUCUCCUCUCAGACUACGGAAAGAUUCAGUAAGCUGCAGUCAUUUUUGUUACAACAUCAGACUUUCUUGGAGAAAUGUGAAACUUGGAUGGAGUUCUUGGUUCAAACAGAGCAGAAGCUGGCAGUGGAGAUCUCAGGCAAUUACCAGCGUCUCCUGGAGCAGCAGCGAGCUCACGAGUUGUUCCAAGCGGAGAUGUUCAGUCGGCAGCAGAUUUUGCACUCCAUCAUCGUUGACGGGCAGCGUCUUCUAGAACAAGGUCAAGUUGACGACAGGGACCAGUUCAACCUGAAGCUGACCAUGCUCAACCAUCAGUGGCAGGGCGUGGUGCGCAGGGCCCAGCAGAGGCGCGGCAUCAUUGACAGCCAGGUCCGCCAGUGGCAGCGCUACCGCGAGAUGGCAGAGAAGCUCCGCAAAUGGCUGGCCGAGGUGUCCUACCUGCCGGCCAGUGCCCUGGGGAGGGCCCCUCUGCCGCUGCAGCAAGCGAGGACCCUCUUCGAUGAAGUGCAGUUCAAAGAAAAAGUGUUCUUGCGACAGCAGGGAAGCUAUAUCCUGACGGUGGAGGCUGGCAAGCAGCUCCUGCUCUCGGCAGACAGCGGGGCCGAGGCCGCCCUGCAGGCUGAGCUCACGGACAUCCAGGACAAGUGGAAGGCAGCCAGCUUGUACCUGCACGAGCAGAAGCAGCAGCUGGCCUUCCUGUUAAAGGACUGGGAAAAAUGUGAGGAAGGGAUAGCGGAUUCUCUGGAGAAACUAAGAACUUUCAAGAAGAAGCUGUGCCAGCCUUUGCCGGAUCACCACGAGGAGCUGCACGCCGAGCAGAUGCGCUGCAAGGAGCUAGAGGGUGCUGUUGGCAGCUGGACAGAAGACUUGAGGCAGUUGACGCUGCUGAAGGACACCCUCUCCGCCGCCAUCAGUGCGGAGGACAUUGCGGUCCUCAGCGAGCGCGUGGAGCUUCUGCAAAGGCAGUGGGAAGAAGUCUGCCACCAGCUCUCCCUGCGGCGCCAGCAAGUGAGUGAGCGGCUGAACGAGUGGGCCGUCUUCAGUGAGAAGAACAAAGAGCUCUGUGAGUGGCUCACCCAGAUGGAAAGCAAGGUGUCUCAAAAUGGAGAAAUCCUCAUUGAAGAAAUGAUAGAGAAGCUCAAAAAGGAUUAUCAAGAGGAGAUUGCUGUUGCCCAAGAGAACAAAAUUCAGCUGCAGCAAAUGGGAGAGAGACUUGCUAAAGCCAGCAACGAAAGCAAAGCAUCUGAGAUUGAGUACAAGCUUGGGAAGGUCAACGAUCGGUGGCAGCAUCUCCUGGACCUUAUCGCCGCCAGGGUGAAGAAGCUCAAGGAGACCCUGGUGGCCGUGCAGCAGCUGGACAAGAACAUGAGCAGUCUGAGGACGUGGCUCGCCCACAUUGAGUCGGAGCUAGCCAAGCCUAUUGUCUACGAUUCCUGCAACUCCGAAGAGAUCCAGAGGAAGCUCAGUGAGCAGCAGGAGCUCCAGAGGGACAUUGAGAAGCACAGCACAGGGGUGGCGUCGGUCCUCAACCUCUGUGAGGUCCUGCUGCAUGACGGUGAUGCGUGCGCCACCGACGCCGAGUGUGACUCCAUCCAACAGGCCACACGAAACCUGGACCGGCGAUGGAGAAACAUCUGUGCCAUGUCAAUGGAAAGGAGGCUCAAAAUUGAAGAGACGUGGCGCUUGUGGCAGAAGUUCCUGGAUGACUUUUCUCGUUUUGAAGACUGGCUGAAGAUCUCAGAAAGAACAGCUGCCUUUCCCAGCUCCUCUGGGGUGCUCUACACAGUGGCCAAGGAAGAACUCAAGAAAUUUGAGGCCUUCCAGCGCCAGGUCCAUGAGAGCCUGACCCAGCUGGAGCUGAUCAACAAGCAGUACCGCCGCCUGGCCCGGGAGAACCGAACCGACUCAGCCUGCAGCCUCAAGCAGAUGGUUCACGACGGCAACCAGCGAUGGGACAACCUGCAGAAGCGGGUCACCUCCAUCCUGCGCAGACUCAAGCACUUCAUCGGCCAGCGGGAGGAGUUUGAGACGGCGCGAGACAACAUCCUGGUCUGGCUGACCGAGAUGGACCUGCAGCUCACCAAUAUCGAGCAUUUCUCGGAAUGUGAUGUACAAGCUAAAAUCAAACAACUCAAGGCGUUCCAGAGGGAAAUCUCCCUGAACCACAACAAGAUUGAGCAGAUCAUCGCCCAAGGAGAGCAGCUCAUAGAGAAGAGCGAGCCCCUGGACGCUGCUGUGACCGAGGAGGAGCUGGAUGAGCUCCGACGCUACUGCCAAGAAGUGUUCGGGCGUGUGGAGAGAUACCAUAAGAAACUGAUUCGCCUGCCUCUCCAGGACGAAGACCAUGACCUCUCAGACCGAGAGCUGGAGCUGGAUGACUCUGCAGUGCUCUCGGACCUGCGUUGGCCGGACACGCCCGCCCAGGCAGCACUGUCCCCCCAGCCGUCCUCCAACCCCUCGCUGUCCCUGGCCCAGCCCCUCCGGAGCGAGCGGUCAGGACGGGACACCCCAGCCAGCGUGGACUCCAUCCCCCUCGAGUGGGAUCACGACUAUGACCUCAGCCGUGACCUGGAGUCUGCGGUCACCAGGACCCUGCACUCGGAGGAUGAGGAGGGCCAGGAGGACAAAGACUUCUACCUACAGGGAGCUGUCGGCCUGGCAGGAGGUCACAGCGCCUUGGAGUCACAGAUCCGACAGCUGGACAAAGCCCUCGAUGACAGUCACUUCCGGAUGCAGCAGACCGAAAAUAUCAUCCGCAGCAGGACUCCCACGGGGCCUGAGCUGGACGCCAGCUACAAGGGCUACAUGAAGCUGCUGGGAGAAUGCAGCGGCAGCAUGGACUCCGUGAAGAGGCUGGAGCGCAAACUCAGGGAGGAAGAGGAGAACUUCCCCGGCUUUGUUAACCUGGACAGCACCGAAGCCCAGACAGCUGGUGUGAUCGACCGAUGGGAGCUCCUCCAGGCACAGGCGCUCAGCAAGGAGCGGAGGAUGAAGCAGAACCUCCAGAAGUGGCAGCAGUUCCAGUCGGACUUGAACAGCAUCUGGGCUUGGCUGGGCGAGACGGAGGAGGAACUGGAGCAUCUGCGGCGCCUGCAGCCCAGCACUGACAUCCACACCAUUGAGCUGCGGAUAAAGACCCUCAAGGAGCUGCAGAAAGCUCUGGACCACCGCAAGGCCAUCAUUCUCUCCAUCAACCUGUGCAGCCCCGAGUUCAUGCAGACAGACAGCGAGGAGAGCCGGCAGCUGCAGGACCGCCUGUCCCGGAUGAACGGCCGCUGGGACCGCGUGUGCUCUCUGCUGGAGGAGUGGCGGGGCUCGCUCCAGGACGCGCUGAUACAGUGCCAGGAUUUCCAUGAGAUGAGCCACGGCUUGCUUCUAAUGCUGGAGAAUAUUGACAGAAGGAAAAACGAAAUUCUCCCCAUAGAUUCUACUCUUGACCCUGAGAUACUCCACGAUCAUCACAAACAGCUUAUGCAAAUAAGGCACGAGCUAUUGGAGUCCCAGGUAAGAGUGGCCUCCCUACAAGACAUGUCUUGCCAACUCCUGGUGAAUGCAGAAGGAGCAGAUUGUCUGGAAGCCAAAGAAAAAGUCCAUGUUAUUGGGAACCGGCUUAAACUUCUUUUGAAGGAGGUCAGCCGCCACAUCAAGGACCUGGAGAAGGCCUUAGACAUGUCAAGCAGCCAGCAGGAUUUGUCGUCCUGGUCUUCUGCCGAUGAACUGGACACUUCAGGAUCCAUGAGUCCCACAUCAGGAAGGAGCACCCCAAACCGACAGAGAACGCCACGAGGCAAAAGUAGUCUCUCCCAGCCUGGACCCUCUGUCAGCAGUCCACAUAGCAGGUCCAUAAGAGGUGGCUCCGGUUCCUCCCUUUCUGAGCCCCAGGCAGCUCGGUCGGGCCGAGCCUUCCUGCUCCGAGUGCUCCGGGCGGCCCUUCCGCUCCAGCUCCUUCUGCUGCUGCUCAUUGGACUCGCCUGCCUCGUCCCCAUGUCAGAGGAGGACUACAGCUGUGCCCUGUCCAACAACUUUGCCCGCUCAUUCCACCCCAUGCUCAGAUACACCAACGGGCCGCCUCCACUCUGA